UGGAGGGGGCGGUCACGAGGAAUGACGUGAGUGCUUGCGGAAGCAAAGCGUGGAAUGUUGAUACAUUGUUGUUGUUUUGUAGUUAAUUUAGUACGGGAUACUUUGCUGUUCGCAUGCUAUUCGCUUUGCCAAUUGUGUCAAGUUAACUUCAAAAGCUGCUGGAGACUUCACGGCGCAGCACAUUUUAUUCGCAUUCCCCGUCGCAGAUCUCCGCAUUGAAGAGGGACUUCUGUGAGGUUUUGGCCCGUUGUCCGCAUGCAGGGUAUGACGACUCAUUUCAAAACAAGCAAAGCUUUAAAGGUCAAGAAAGAGGAGGGAGAGAAUGCCCCGGCGCUCAGCGACGACGAGCUGGUGGCCAUGUCGGUGCGGGAGCUGAACCAUCACCUGCGCGGCCUCACCAAGGAGGACAUGGUGAGGCUGAAGCAGCGGCGGCGCACCCUCAAGAACCGCGGCUACGCGGCUAGCUGCCGCAUCAAGCGGGUCACUCAGAAGGAGGAGCUGGAGCGCCAGAAGUGGGACCUGCAGCGCGAGGUGGACAAGCUGGCCCGCGAGAACGUCAGCAUGCGGCUGGAGCUGGACGCCCUGCGCGCCAAGUACGAGGCCCUGCAGUGCUUCGCCCGGACCGUGACCUCGCUGUCCCCGGGGGGCAAGGUGGGCGCCACCAGCGUCAUCACCAUCGUUAAGUCGGCCAGACACGUCAGCAUCAACAAUAACAACAACAACAACAACACCACACCGUUCUCGGCCGCCUCCUGAGGGGGUCAUAAGAGUCCUGAGUUUUUAAAUGCCCAGGUCUUGGCCAUACAUGCCUUGACCCCUCAACCUUGACCCCCCCCCCCUCCCCCCCCAAUCUGCCCACUCUACUCAUCCUCUACAGCUGGGGGGAAGCCUAGUUGUUAGGACUUUUAGGAGAAUGCAGCAAUUUGCCAUGGCACCUGUGUUACGCUGCGUUCACUUCUUCUUUGUUGCCGUCUGUUUCCUUUUUCUUACAUCGUCAUUUUUCUGCGCACUAUGUGAACGUCCCCUCCCAGCCUCCCUCCCAGCAUCGGCAGGGCACCUUGGAAGAUCCGUCCCUUGUUUUCCAUGACGGAGAGAAGAGUCUUUGCGUCUUUACUCCUGCGCGAGUAUGCGUUUACCUUGUGCCAUACUGUAGUGGCAUCGAUCCGAGGCGACUCGGAGCCUCGGUUUUAAGCUUUUCUACUGCUGCAGAACGUCCGAGGUUUUUACUUGAUGCAGAUGUAAGAGUUGUUUUACUUGGUCCCAUCUCAAAAGAACCCUGUGGGAGCAUGCUCGUCCUUUUUAUACCAGUGACCCGAUGGAAGUGUAGCCAUUGAUGCUUAACCUUAAACCAACAGUCAUUGAGUGAACAGCAUAAAGGAAGGUAUUCAUUUACAUGUUGAAGAUUCCAUUUUGCUGAAAUUUCACUUUGAACGUUAAGGGUAUUAGUUGUUAAAGUUGGUCAGUAAUCUGUCUUUCAGUGUGUGUUGCCGAUAAGCCAAUGUUAAGCAGAAAGGCUGGUUUGGCAUUCGACUCCUCUUUGAAAAGGCAGACAAGGAAUAACUCAUGGAAAAAAGAAUUGUCGUACAGGGAAGAUAUAUUUAAAUAAAUUGAUAAGCGGAGACAAUAGGGCAAAGAUCCACUCCUGUAAUGGCUUGUUUAAAUCAACUGGCUGCUGUCUUGAUUGUGAAUCUGGCCAUCACACCAAAUUAUAGCUUAGAGAAGGAUCUGAACUCUGCCAAUUUGUUCCCCACAGACAGACGCAGUGUUGAAUGAUAAACGUGGAUACUUGCAUCCGAAGAAAUAGGAUAUUGAAUAGUGCCUGGGAUUGUGUAUUGUCUACUCAUACAAAAGCCAUUUGCCUCCCAACAAUUUCCCGACCGAUACAGAUUGAGACUUGUAGACAAACAUACUUAUUUGUUUAUUUUGUAGUUAUGGAGUUAUUUUUUCCUCCUCUCCAGCCAUUAAUAUGGUAACUCAACAGCUGUGCCUGUGAGAUACACGCUGGCCUUCAGCACAUGUAAGCAUUGGACUUGAUUUCCUCAAUGCAUAGCACUUGAUAUGAGACUGUAAGGGAAGCGGUAUAAAACUACAAGGGCAACUAGUGGCACAAAACACCCGUAAACUUAUAUAAUGCCUAGACUGAUAAGCUAUCUGUCUAUUUUUCACAUUUUGUUUGGAGGGGGGAUUUUCAGUUGUGAGGUCUGACCACUUAUUGUGACAUUACCAUAAAGAAGCACUUACUUGUAAGCGUCUGCCUUUAUCCUUUUUAUAUGCAAUGCCAUUUUCCUUUUGAUCGUGGGUAAUCCAUAUUGGAUAGAUUUUCAUUCUCGUCAAUGGCCCUUACUCAAUUUAGUUCCUGUAUAUUACAGACUAUUCUAUGGCUCUAUUUUCAGUUUUAUAGCAAGACAUGUAAAAACGUCAAACCAAUAGCACUCUUAUCCGGAUCUAUAGUCACAUACCGUCCAUGGUCUAAAAGAAAAAUACAAACAUCAUUCCUACUGCUGGGGUCAGGAGGCACGACGGCUGUUGGCCAUUGUGGUCAGUGUUGGGAGAAACUGUUUGCCGCACACCUUGCUUUUCGACACAGACCCUGAUUGCAAACUCCACAGACACCCAUCUCUAGUCUCAGCAGCGUCACACAAUUACCGUCCAAAAGGUUGGAAAUUCAAUUCGAUUUUUUUUUUUUUUGGGGGGUUCUAUUUAUUUAUGUGGAACAACAUUCCCACUUAAGGAAUGGAGUGAGUCGUAGAGAUUGUAAAUGUCCGCAUUUGCUCUUUGCUCAGAGGACAUGAGCUGUGCUUCCCUCGAUCCCAUGGCUGCAGAGAAAACUGGGGAGGUUUGCUGCUGUAAGGACCUGCUGUGACGUGUACGCAGGGACGUUGCUGUGCUCCUGUUCUUAUCUUGUGUAUUUUCACUUUUAAGCUGUUAGUCAACUCCAGUGUGUGCUCCCGCUUAUAUUGAGUUUUAUAUAUUAUAUAUAUAUUCAUCCAUAUUUUUCUAUAUUUAUGUCUAGAUGUUGAUCUUUUACAGUUGAUGGGAGUGGUGUGAUUAUGUCAUCAAUAACUUGUUGAAUUUAGAUAAUGUUGUUGACCUUUUUAGAAGCAGCUAAGUUUCCUUCACUUUCAGAUGAUCUUGAAAAGACGAUUCUUUGUAUGUUUUUCAUUGAAAUGUUUCUAUCUAUGCCCAACAGAAAUCUCUUGGGGCGUUUCACACUAAAAUGUCUGACUAUUUGUACUGUAAUGACUCGGUAUGGAGACAGAUGGAUUAACUCUACCUAGAACUCGAACUGAAGAUCACACUGACUGAAAGGUCGCCAUUAUAAGCACUUCGUCCAACUGUUUUUUAUGCAUGCGCGUUAUGUCUAUUUUCAAAUAAAACUUCAUAAUGCUAUUGAAAAUAUCGAGGUAUAAAAAAGACGAUGGCAAUACAAUAUUCCCAUGGAAACGAGGUUGCAGAUUAAAUAUCUAUGCAAAACCAGAUGCCUAAAAUACUUUGAAUCCACCCUUUUACCACCAUGCUAUGGUGUCUCAUCAUUGGUAAAAAUUAUUGACAAACGGUUUUCUAUUUUGUAAAUGUAAUCGUGUUUACUACUUACUAAAUUAAAGACUUUAUAUUUUUAUAUAGACAAGAGACUUUACAUUUCCCCUCCAAGAAGAGUUGUUGCUAGGGAUAUUUAAAUAAUAUUUUAUAUUCAAGUCAUAGCAAUACAACUUUUAUAAUGGUGUAUGUAUUAUAAUGGUCUCUCAUAAAUCCAUGUUGUCAUUUUAAUUCCAAAUAAGUGUUGGUGGAUAUUUGUUUUGCGUCGAACUAAUGUGGGUACCACUUUUGUAACUAACAAAAUCUUACCUGGAAGUUCCUCUAAAGCUGCUAAGACUUGUGUGCCCUGACCCACUCAGCUCAGUUAUAAGGACUGACCAAUAGACUACAUAUGUUUUGUACAUAUGAUGUUUACAUGACAAUGUUUAGCGCAUUCACAUUGAACAUUAACCAAAUUACAAGUUAACGUUUUUGGAAAAACCCUUACAUUGCAUUAUGCUGACCUCAUGUGGUGAAGUUUAUAACAUGAAUAAAUUGAAUUUUUUUAAUCAUUCAAGCACUUUUUGCAAAUGCCUUUGUCUGAUCUGGAUUUUUAGAGAUAAGUGUUCUAAAUUUUGCUACCAUUUUUAAUGAAUUGUGUGUAAAGUGUUGCUUCUGUCCACAAAAUGGUAUUGGUAAUAUUGGUUAAAUCUUUAUGGAUGAGUUACAUACUCUACACUAUUUCAUAAAUGAUUGGAAUAAUAAGUGGGUAGGCUUAAUGUUUAGUCUAGAGAAAGAAAAUUGUACAAAGAUUAUAGCCAACAGUGACACUAUUAACGACAGCGAGCAGCAACUCAAGUCCUUUCCUAUAUAUUUUAUAUUUAUUUAAUUGAUUUUGUUACAUUCACAAAUUGUCCAUAUUCCAAUGAGGUACCAACAUGCAUAAAGUAAAUCUGUAUUUCUUCCUGUACUCAAGAUAAGCUAAACCAAAGUUUAGCCAUGUCCCUUUUGUACUUUUAAAUAAAGAUUCCCCUUUCUACCUAACACAGAAGGAGUCCUUUGAGCACACUCAUGCCAGCAAACAUAUUAAAUUAUUUAUUUUACAUCAGUCAGAGGAAAAAAAAAAAAA